GGAGAGGGGGAAAUCGACGCUUCAGGAUAUAAAGACUGAACUGCGCCACUCCGACAGCAUUCGCUACGAAAGCAUCCUCACAAGUAUUAUCCUGCUAGAAAAUGACUGGUCGUGGUAAGGGAGGUAAAGGAUUGGGAAAAGGAGGUGCCAAGCGGCACAGGAAAGUUCUCCGUGAUAACAUCCAGGGAAUAACGAAGCCCGCUAUUCGUCGUUUGGCUCGGCGUGGUGGAGUGAAACGUAUCUCGGGACUCAUCUACGAAGAAACUCGUGGAGUUCUGAAAGUGUUUCUUGAAAACGUUAUUCGGGAUGCGGUCACCUACACCGAACACGCCAAGAGGAAGACAGUAACUGCAAUGGACGUCGUCUAUGCGUUGAAACGCCAGGGACGCACUCUUUACGGAUUCGGAGGUUAAAACAGCGACUUCUGAAACCGAGACCACCAAACGGCCCUUUUCAGGGCCAACAAAUAUUUUUUGCAAGUUCGAAGAGUCGCUAGUACAUGAUGCACUUCUACGAGAAUACACGUUCAUUCCAUGCGCCAAUAUCUCGCAUCAUCCAUCAUCUUCUGAAUUAUUCGGCAUGCUAGUUGCCCAGUUUAGUACGAAUUGAACUACUGAG